UAUAUAUAUAUAUAUAUAUAUAUAUAUAUAUAUAUAAAUUAAAAGGAAUAUGAAAUAAGAAUCAAACGUAAAAUAUAUAUAUAUAUAUAAAAUUAUUAUACUCCUUUGUAUAACAAAUGUAAAAUUGGCAAAAAAUAAAACGACAACAUGUAAUACAAAAUAUGUAGAAUUACAAUAAUAAAAACACCAACCAGCAACAGCAACAACAAUAAUAAUAAUAACAAAACCAGUAUUAAAACAAAAAAAAAAGAAGCAACAAGAAAGUAAAAGAACAAGAUAAAUUAGAAGCAAAAACAACAAGGCUAUAAAACAAAAACGAAAAGAAAAGGAGAGAAAAUAUUGCAAAAAACACAAAAACAGCAACAAAAAAACAAACAAACCCAUAGAAUAUAAGAAAAUUUUCAUAUUAUAAAUUUUCAUACCACAUACUCUAAAAGAAGGACAUACAUACUCCUUUUUUUUUUGUUUUAACAUUUUCUUAAAUAUUUUUUUCUAUGUCAAUCUCCUAAUCAACGUAUACAAACUUCUAUACCUACUUUGUACUCCAUAUAAAUAUUAUCGUGUAUAACUUUUAUAUAUUACGAUAUUACAACCAUAGAAGAGAAUAUAAUAUGUAAAGGACAAAACAGCAGCAAUCCUAUAUAACCCCAAAUGAAUAAAUAUUACAUGUAUGAAGAAAUAUAUAUAUACAUAAAUAUAUAUAAAUACAAAAAUAUUUGCAAAAAAAAAUAUUAUUAUAAGAAGAGACAGAGAACUAAAUUCGAAUAAGAAAUACUAAAAGAAAAUAAUAAUAAAAAUAUAAAAACCCAGAUUGAGCAGAAUAACAUUAAGAACAACAAAAUAAUAAUAAAUGAGAACUGUGAUAAGAGAGUAGUAGUAUGACACAUAAGUAUAAAGAACAAAAUAAUAAUAAGAAGAAAAUUAUAGUAGCGGAACGAGAGCGGGUACCAAGCAAAAUAUUACAUUCAUACAUACAUACAAUAAAUAAAUGAGAUAUAAUAUAAACACCAAAAUUUAUGCAUACAUAAAUUAUAGUAUUACAUACAUACAUACAUAUGUAGUAUGAGGGAGAUUUUUAAUAUUAUAGAAAGAAAAAAAAAAAAAUUUCUAAAGAAAACCGCAAUUUGUUAAAUGCCAAAAAAUAUAUAAAAAAAAAAAACCAAUAUCAAAUAUUCCAAAGAAAACCAGAAGACACACAUAAAAAGAAAAAAAUAGGGAAACGGAACAAGGAUAACAGAAUUAUUUUGUUCUUUAAUAUUUUAUUUUAUAUGCUCCUCUUUUUUUUCCAAUAUACCCGAUGAGAGCAAAACCAUACCAAAUCAAAUUUUAUAAAUAAUCUAUGAUUAUAUUUGAAAUCUGUGCUUCAUUUUUUUUUAUAAAGAAUAUUAAAGAAAUUAAGAGAGAUUAACCUGUAUAUGUAUAUAGAAUAUAAUGGAUUCGGAAACGUGUAAUGUGCCAGGAUGCAGUAGUAAUAAUAAUAAUAAUAGUAAUAAUAAUACAAAUAAUAAUAAUACAAUAAAUAAUAGUAAUAGUAAUAAUAAUACUCAUCAUACAACAACAACAACUGGUAGUUUACCAGGUAGUUUAGGACGUGAUUAUCGUCAUAGACAAAAAAGUUCAGAUGCAAGUAGUGAUGAUGAAUUGGAUAUUGGUGUUAAGGCAAUCCAAACUCAAUCUUUGGAACGAAUCAAAUCAGAUCGAAAUGCUACAGCAACACAACCAGAAGAGGAUAGGCGUCGAAGGACAAUCAUUAUUGAAAAGAAAAAAAAUAGUUAUGGAUUUACAUUGCAAACUUAUGGCAUUCAUUAUCGAAAAGAGCAGGAAAUUGAAAUGAUUACAUAUGUUGAUUCAGUUGAAUAUGAUGGUCCUGCAUAUAGAGCUGGAAUGCGUGAAGGUGAUGUUAUAUUAUCAAUUAAUGGUAUUGAUAUGGAAAAGGCUGAUCAUAAGACUUUAGUUGAAAUAAUUAAAAAAUGUGAUAAUAGAAUGCGAAUGGUUGUACUUUUCGAAGAUUGUGUUAGAAAGGUUGCUCUUCAUAUGCGUUAUAUUCAUUUACAGAAUAAAUUACAAGAUAAAAUUAGUGAAUUAGAAAAAGCAUGUUUACAAGAACGUCAGUUAUUAUCUGGAAAAUGGAAAACACACAGUUUACCAGCACGUAAAAAAGGUACAGUAGCAGGAAUAUCAACUGGUUCUAUACAAGAUAAUGAAACAACGAAUGAAGAUGAAGUUCAGUUGCCAAUUUUAUAUAGGCCAGCAAUAUCUACUGAAGAUGUUGUAAACGUUGGUAAUUCUAGAACUCAACAACUUUUAAUACAACAACAACAACGUAGACAACAGCCACAAUCAGGAGAUCAACAACAAGUUGUAGUUCAACAACCAUCAGAUCAAUAUAUUGUCACAUAUCAGUAUAUUGAUCCUCAUUAUCGUUAUGUUCUUAAACCAUCCACAUCUAAUAGUAGUGGUGAAUAUUUUAUUAGUGUUGGACCGCAAAGAAGUCCAACGGAAUGUCAUUAUAUUUUAACGAGAGAUGGAGCUGACAUCUUUCGAAAUAUUGAUCAUCAAACAAAUGAUAGAAUAAUGCAUCAAGCAUUUCAAUCACAACAAACAACAAAACAACCACAACAGCAACAACAAAUACAAAUCCCACCAUGUAGUACGUGUGAUCAUGCUACAGUUUCUUCAAAUUCUGCUAUAAUGCAACAAAAUGAAGAUCCAUCUGUGAAAUUGAAACAUGAUCAUUCUAAUAGAAAUUCUUCCAAUCGUAAAUCAUCUGUUAAACAACACUGCCAUGGUCAUUCUUGUAACCCUUGCUUAGGCCGAAGAAAAUCAUUUGAUAAAGCUAAUGGCGGUGAAGAUAACACAAGCUUAGAUGCUUAUGAUUUAGCCAGUAGUCCGUGCUGUGCUGCUCAUUGUGUGCCAACUAGACGUCGUUCUAGAAAUUCGAAAGAACAUCAUCAUCAUCACCAUAAGCAUAAACAUCGUGACAAAGAUGGUAAAGAACGUCAAAGACCUAGAUCACAAUCACAUGCUUCUCCAGAUGUUACCGGUACUAGUGGAACUACUACUGGCGGAAACAAUCCAACAUCUACUCACCAUCAUCAUCAUCAUCAUCAUGUACAACCAAGUAAUAGUUCACAGCCACAACCAACGCAACAACAACAACAUCAAUGUUUACAAAAUCAACAUUCUGUUGCAUCAAAUUCAUCAAGAUCUAAGUAUUUUAAUUUAUCAGCAAAUUUGGCUAGUCACUGCAGUUUACAUAGCUGUACGUCUAGCGAUUUUGUUCCAGGCGAUUCUGCAUCAUACACAACAUCUUUAAGUACUGAUACAUUAUAUUGGGAUCCCCAAAGUGAAGGAAACUCACGGCAACCUUCUACUAAAUCCCGUCAAUCCACUCUUCAACAACAAGGUAGCGGUCAAAAUGCACAACACCAAAUGCAAAUUACUCAAGCAUCAGGUCAGAAAAGUCAUCAGUUUACUCAGCAGGGAAGCACAAUUUAUCAACAACGUUAUACAGCAUGCUUAAGACCAGCUCAGAUUCAGCCAAUUCAUCAGAUUUAUCAGACACCAGUUUGUGUUAGUAAACCUAAAUCAUGGGAUAAUUUGACGACAAAAGCAUUUGGUGGCUAUGGAUUCGGAUAUGGUUAUUUGGAUACUGUAGGUCCAAAACCAGCAUUAAAAAUUCAAAUUGGAAGUAGAGAUUCAAAUAAUAGUAAUACGGGUAGUAUUACUAAUUCAUCUUCGGCUAGUAAUACAAAAGAAAAUAACGGUACUAAUGAAACAAGUAAUACUAGUCAUCAACAACAGCAACAACAGUUGCAAUCAUUAACACGUAAAAAUCCACCAUAUGGACGUUAUUCAACUUAUGCAGAUGUCGAAAAUUAUGCUCCACCGCCAUCACAAUUCGUGGAAGAAAUUGUUACUGUGUUCGUUAAAAAAACUGAAGAAACUGUUACCGAAAAAUGUAUUCCAAAUCAAAGUAAUCAUCAUCAAUUGACACAAGUCGCAUCUGGUGUUAAUAUGUGCAAUAAUAGUGGUGGUAAUAGUAAUAAUACUAAUCCAUCAACUAACAGUAAUUGUAAUAAAAAGUGUUAAUAUCUAAGAACUUUUAAAUAAAACCCCAUCAAAAUUUACAUUAUAACCGAAAUAAUAUUAAAAAUCCAGGCCGAUAAAGAAGGAGUCAAAAAAUACAAGAUAUUUAUUAAUCGAUCAUUUUAGAAAAUUUAAAUACU